AACGACACCAGUUGACGAAUUGACACAAAUGUUUUUGAAUUUUUGCUUGCUGUCAAUAAAUGUUGUAGAAUAAAUGCAGCAUAAUUAGAAUAUAAGUCAAUUUGAGUACUAUUCAAAAAAUAAUUUGGUCCUUCGAGCCGGAUGGACUAUUGAUGACGCAGUUUACCGGCUUUGGUACCAACAGUAAUUUCAGUUAAUUCCUGAAAUACCUAUGAAAAGGACAGCUGUUGUUUUUGUUUAUGAUCGGCCUCGUUUUACUAUCAUUUGUUACAGGGAUGUCAGGCUCGGAAUUUGAAGUUAUGGAAGUAGACAGCGAAACAGACAGUGCUGUCACUGGAUGUUUGGAUUGGAAAGAUGGUACUGGCAGCCUUCCGGAAAGUGAUUUUAAAUUUUUUUUCAAUGAAUUUGGAAUAUUGGAAAUGGUUGAUGAUACCAAGUUUGAAACUAACGAGGAAAUUUUUAAAAAGCCGAGAGAAUUGAAGGAGAAAGAUAACAUGGAACAACUAACACUGCAAUGUGAGACAUGUAGGCGCAAGGGAACCCCAGCAAAUUUUUUUCAAAGUAAAUUUUGUAGUGUGGGUUGUCAGGACCUAGCAGUGAUAAAACAACAAGAACCAUCCACAGAGUCACGCGCAAAAACAGACAAUGAUGUCGAAGAAUCGAGCGCAAAAGCUGGGACCUCGUAUGAAACAUUUCUGAAGAAACUUACUCUGGAACUCAUUUCCAACUGGCAAGGUAAAAACAAGAAAUUUUCGUGGAAAAAAUAUUUGAAUUAUGUGAAGGCCGAAGCAGCUCCUGUUGCUUUGUUUAAAAAUCCGUUUCCUGCAAAUCGAAACAUAUUUCAAAUUGGCAUGAAAUUGGAGGGAAUUGAUCCAAAGCAUCCGUCGAAAUUUUGCAUUAUGACCAUUAAGGAUGUUAUUGGGUAUAGGAUUUGCAUGCAUUUUGAUGGAUAUCCAUCGAAAUAUGACUUUUGGAUAAAUGCGGAUAGUCCAGACAUAUUCCCAAUGGGCUGGUGUAAAAGGAAUAAUCACACGAUAUGCCCACCUCCUCCAUAUACAGCAAAGAACUUCGAUUCGCUACUGUAUCUUAAAAAAACGAAAGGCUUAGCAACACCAAAUUACCAUUUUUUCAAGAAAGCGUUUGAAAUGAUCAGUCCAAGCGGCUUCCGUAUUGGCAUGAAGUUAGAAGCAGUUCACAAACUAGAAUUAUCCCGAAUAUAUGUCGCAACUAUCUUAGACAUUAUGGAUAACAGGAUUUUGGUGCACUUUGAUGGCCGAGACGAUAUUGAUGAUUUUUGGGCUGAGCCCACUUCACCUUUUAUUCAUCCUGUAGGUUGGUGUGAAAAGAAUGGCCAUAAUUUGACUGCACCAAGUAAUUAUCCUCCUAAAACUUUUACAUGGAAACAAUACCUGAAGGAGUCCAAAGCAGUGGCAGCACCGGCCAGGUCUUUCAAGCCGAGAACUGGCAAAGUGGCUGUCUUCAAGAAGGGCAUGAGACUGGAAUGUGUGGAUAAGAGAGCUCCUCAUGUAAUAAGAGUAGCAACAGUAAAUGACGUCACAGAACAUCAUAUUGAAAUAGUUUUCGAUGGGUGGCCUUAUAAGUACAGCUACUGGGUGGAGAACGUUAGUCCUGAUAUCCAUCCACCCAAUUGGAGUCAGAAGACAGGUCAUCCUGUAGAUCCACCAUUAACACCAGAAGACCUAUAUAAUUCUUCUGAAUGCACUACAGUGGGCUGUAGGGGUCAAGGACACACUGAAGGAUUGACAACGCAUUCUUCCCGAGAAUUUUGUCCCUAUGCGGACGAGAACAUUGACAAAGUGUUGCCUGACAGGUUACUGAAUCCUGAUAGUGAAUAAUUGUGUUCAAGACGACCAGAGAAUAACAGAUUCUCCACCAUGCUGCCUACUUGGAAUUGAAAGUAUUUAUAUUAAUAUAGUAUGUAGAUGUAGUAGUAUUUAGUGUAGUGUAGUAUCUAGUAUUUAUUUUAGUAUUUAAAUUAAAGUUCCUAUUGUUGUUUUUAAAAAUUCAAAAAGAUAGUUUUUUAAAUAAAU